AUUUGUCAAUGUUGUCAAACAAAAUUUUGUUUGUUGUGCGUUGUGGUGCUUUUAUUUUUUCCAUUUACGAAAUAAAUUAACUGCAACGAUUAGAAAUGGUUAAAUAAUUGAAUUUCACUUUUAAGAUAAGUGUUAUAAGCAGAAGGUAUACGAAUUCAGCUUGAGACUGGCGUUUUUGUAAUCUAACCUAUAAAAUGAGUUCUAUACAAGAAAGGUUGCAGCUGAAAAGGGUGCCUUUAGACACUUGGAACAUUAGGGAACAGCUAUGCCUUGCGUCUGCGGUGUUAAGAAGCGGCGAUCAGAACUGGAUGUCGGUUUCCCGCGCCCUGAAAACCGUCGGCGAACCGAAUAGACCGCCUGACUGGUACUCGCAGAAAAGCUGUGCAGCCCAGUAUGGAGCGAUGCUGGAACACGUGGAGACUCCGAAGCGAAAGAAACGUAACUCCGAAGGCGGAGUGGACACGCCGCAAGAGAGCAUACUGCGGCGCCUCACGCAGGAGCGAAUGGUGGAGAUACAGAAGACGGUCGCCGAGAUGAACCAACAGCACGAACAGAUUAUGAACGAAAUGAACGAAGCACGCAACCCUGCCACCUCAGAAGAAAGACUCCGCGAACUCUGGGCCAACAUCGAGGCGGCCAAACGUGCGAGGGAGAGGGAAAACGCGCGCCGCGCCGCGUGGCUGAAAGAGAGGGAAGAGCGGCGCGCCAGGGCUGACAGGACGUGGCGGCCGGCUCAGCCCACCACUCCUACGUCACCAGCCACUCCAGCACCGGCGUCGUCACCUUUGCUGACGUCAUUGCUGAAGUCAUCGCCGGUGGUGACCACGCCCCAACACAUAUCGCAUCCCAAUAAAGUCAUUGAUACUGUAUCACCGUCAGCCACCGCGCCGACGCUAUCGAUGCUUCUAGAAAACUCCGUGCCACCAGUGGAACAGCAACCGAAGCACACGGAAGACAAUAAACACGCUGCUCAGGACAGCAAACACGCAGCUAUAGAGCAUAUUAAGAGUCAACUACAGCAAAUAGAACAGCAGUUGAGUGCGUCAAGCAGCGCGUCUCCCGUCCCGCUUGCACCCGCGGUCGACAUCGACGACAUAGAGAUUAAGGCGGAGGACGUGUACGCCUUCCGGGAUGUUGACAUACACAUACCGCCCGUCGCACACAUGCAUAAGGCUAACGCACGGAUCAUAGAAAAACCUACAUUCAAGAAGGAUGAAGCGGAAAUAGUGGCGCCACCUAUAGAGGAUGCGGACGUCAACAUAGAAGAUGUCAUUAAGGAAGAGCCGAUGUCAGUAGAGGCCAUGCCAGAAACCGUGAUACUGAACUCGGUGGAACCGGUGUCCCAUGAGGUCCCGAUAGAGGAGCCGUCGCCGCCCGAAGAGCCCGAGGUCAAGAUUGCCUUCCCCGAGGUCAAAUUCCCCACGCCUGAGAUCAAGGUCAUACAGGACGAGCAAAAGGUAAAAGAAGAAGUGAAAGAAAUAGAACCACCACCGCCGGAGCCCGAGGAGGCAGCAAACAAUGAAGACGUAGAAGAGGAAUCGCAGCCCGUCGACGUCGAAAGUGUGGAACCGGCCGAAGAGAUAGCCCCGCCCCCAGAAGAGACUGAAACCCCGCCCACUGUUACCGAGGCCCCGCCCCCCGCUGAAACCAUUCCGCUGCCCACAGAAACGCCGGUUGAAGAGCCGGAGGAAAGCAAGGAGGAAGAAACGGUCGCAGAACCGCCGCCGCCGCCGGAGCCAGAGGCCGAACAAAUCAUAGAAGAAGAAAUAGAAGUCUCAAGCAACGUAGAAGAACCCAUUUUAGAAGAAAUCAAGCAGGAGCAAAGCACAGAAGAGAGUACCCAAGAAGAUGACAAGAAAGACGAAGAUGCUGAGGAUUCAAUACCAUUGAAAGAGAUGAUGCGCGAAGAGGCCGCCUCUGUCGCGCAAGAGAGAGAGAGAGACGCAGAGACAAAAACAGAGAGGGCAGAGACCGAAGAUACGCACACGGAAACUGAUGACGAUACACCGAUGGAGCUGAGUCGAGAAGAAGAAAAAGAUGGGAAGAAGAAGAGAGAUUAUUCGCGGAAGAAGAAGUCCGAUUCGAGAACAUGUUCCGGGUCGGAGAGCGCGGCAGAAGCGAGCGCACCGGAUUCGCCGUCCGCAAGCGAUGCCGAGCGGCAGCAUAGGCUGUGGAAGAAGUCUGUCAUGCUGGUCUAUAGCAGACUAUGUGCCCACAAGUAUGCGUCGCUGUUUCUGCGACCCAUCAGCGAUGAGGAGGCGCCCGGUUAUAGUACCGUCGUCAAGAGGCCCAUGGACCUUACAGCUAUUCGAAGAAACAUCGAGAAUGGCGUCAUCAGAACGACGGCGGAGUUCCAACGCGACGUGCUUCUGAUGCUGUCCAACGCGCUCAUGUACAACAGCAGCGAGCACAGCGUGUAUUGCAUGGCCAAGGAGAUGCAUGAAGAGGCUGCAGGCCAGCUGGGCAUGUUGUUGGCGGCGCAGGCACACGCGGGCCUGAGCGCCGCGCCGCUCGCGCGCCGCAAGCGCCGCCGCGAACAUUCGCCGCACGCGCCGAACAAGCGACACUAGCGGAGAAUAGCUUAGCGCAUAACUGAGACUUGCUAUAUUGUAUCGUG